AUGCGGCUGAUGACCGUCGUCCAUUCCUUCUUCUUAUUCCCGUCGACGAAAAGUUCAUCCCGCGCAAAUCAUCUUUUGAGAAAAUUCUGCAACUCGAGUAAAAUGAUACACACCUUCGAUUUUGAAGUUUUUGGAAAAGUCCAAGGAGUUUUCUUCCGGAAGUACACAAAGCUGGAAGCAGACAAGCUAAACAUAAAGGGUCAUGUCAUGAACACAGAAAGGAACACAGUGGUAGGAAAAGCAGAAAGUGAUAAGAAAGAAUCCCUGGAGCAGUUUAAGAAUUUCCUCAAAAAUAUCGGUAGCCCAUCGUCCAGAAUUGACGAAUGUUUAAUAACGAAUGAGAAGACGCUCGAGGGGUUUUCGAGUACCGAUUUUGUUAUAAGGCGAUAA